AGGCUGUUAUCGGCAUCACGUGUGGAUAAUCAUCUAGAAAAAAAAGCGGCGCAGCUUCAACUCGACAACAUCAACCGCAACCAUGGGAUCCAGCGCCAAGAGAAAGAAGGAAAAGCAGAAGGACUUCCAGAAACCCAAGCUCAAGGUCGGCAAGGCCAAGGCCAAGCCGGAGAACUUCACGGACACCAGCUUCCGAUCCAAGGCAAUCACUCUCAACCAACAAUCCCUCCAUAUCGCCGCACCAACCUCCAAUAGCCAAUUCACACACUUCCUCUCCCUUCUCUCAUCCAAAUCCGACAGCCAACGGCGCGACUCGCUCGCCCACUUGACAACAUCCAUCGCCUCGCGACCCGUAAACUCGCCUCUCCCGCAACCGGUGAGCGUAAUACUCCCGGGCCUGCUUCCGCUCAUCCUCGACGCGAACAACAACGUGCGCAUACAGCUCCUUAAGCUCCUCCGGACAUUGCCGCGCAACGACAUAGAGGACCAUGUCGGACAGCUUCUUCCGUACGUGCGCGCCGGUAUGACACAUCUUGCGGCGGACAUUCGCGUGUCCGCAGUGGAGAUCUUAUCCUGGAUGGUCGAGGCAGCUGGCGAGAAUGUGGUUUCCAGUGCGGGCGGGUGGGUCAAGACGAUGAACUGCUUCCUGUCUGUACUGGGAUGGCAUACAGAGGAGUCAUCACGGUGGUCAUCGAACCGGGCUUCAUUCGGCAAGUCCGGCAGCCAGGGCAAGCCUAUGGUGAAGGUGUUGGGGGCACUGGCAGAGUUCCUGGAUGCGGGAAUUGGACAGCCAAGUGGCUCUGGAGGGGACUCGUCAGAUCAUGACGAGCAGUCUUCCUCACCCUUUCCUCUCCACCAGAUGGGACACCACAUGAUCACCGAGUCAUCGGCACCGUACGCUUAUCUCAACCUGUUUGGACAACCGCGCGAUGAGGAAGGCGAAAUGUACGAAACCCGCGAGGAUCGGUAUCGAGUGUUUUCGACCCGCUUCUUACCGGCUAUUGACCGUGGACUCAAGAGUGCGAGAGAGGAGGGCGGAGAGCUGGGUCGUGCAUCGUCCGGCGUGAGCAAAGUGCUGAAAGAGGCUCUUGCAUAUGGGCCGGGGCCGUGA